UCGAAAUCGAAAGCAGGAAAACUCGAACAUCGAACAGACAGCUACUGCUUGUUUGUGUCAAAGUUGUAAAUCUUUUCUCCUUUAUUUGUGAACUGUGAUUCUCGCUGUGCAGUGGUGAUUCGGAAAUUAUACCUUACAAUAUUAAGAGGUAAAAGGCAAUGUCUGAGCUGCGAGGAGUAGAAGGUUGGGAGCUUGAGGACAAAACCCCCUGUGCAGGGCUUAGGGCUGAUCUCAAGAUUUGUUUGCUGGAGACUGAUUGUUGCAAAAAAGAAAGGCUUACUCCCCGAGAAUGUCUUAAGCAGAAUAAAGCCACACCGGAAUGUAUGCAUCUGUACCAUUAUUUCAUCGCUUGUAAAAAAUCAAUGGUUGACAACAGAACGAGGUUUCGAGGGACGAAAGGAUAUUAGCACUUUGAAAUUUUGGUUCUUGGACCCAAUUUGGAUUUACAAAUGAAUGAGAUGUGUAUGUUUGAAGCUUAUUUGUUCAAUAUAGUUAAAUGUUUCAUCAGUUGUAUAGGUAUUAUUUAUCUUGACUUGCUUUCGUAAGUGGCUCAGGUAUUCAUUAAAAAUAACAAGAGAAGAAGUGGAA